AUGUUUGGUGAAAUGGCAAAAAGACUUAACUUCACUUUAUGGAAAGUUUUAAUUCUAAAUGGAGAUGAGAUGAAUUCGUUUUGGGAAAUGUGGCUGGCAAUAACUUUGUGGAUGGCUGUAUCAUAUGGUUUCAUCUAUUGUGCUGCUGCCUGUUUAUCGGCAAUAAUGUUAAGAAAACAUUCGUGGAUGCUUAUGAUUACCAUUCCUCUUAUUGCAAUGGCUUUUAUUGGUCCAUCAACAAUUGGAGCUUUAACGAGCGCAUCAAUUGCGAUGGUAUUUCGAUCUGCUGAUAAAACAAUUAAUUCUUGGCACUGUAUGAUAUUAGGUUGCCUUCAAACUCUUUUUGCUAUAAUAAUCGGUUUCUCGCGAUUAUUGGCUACUUUAUGA